AUGGGGAUGCAGCAGGGGGAGCAAGCCUACCACUGCCCCGACUGCAGAAAGGGUUUCAGCCAGAGCACAAACCACCUAACCCACCGGCGAGCACACCUGGAGGAGAGACCCUACGAAUGCCCUGAUUGCGGGAAGGCCUUCAGCUGGCGCUCCCACCUGCUGGAGCACCAACGCAUCCACACUGGGGAGCGCCCCUACCAGUGCGGGGAGUGCGGCAAGAGCUUCAGCUGGACUUCGGACCUGAUCCAGCACCAGAGCACUCACACGGGCGAGCAGCCCUACCGCUGCCCCGACUGUGGGAAGAGCUUCAGCCGUGGCUCCAACCUGCUGCAGCACAAGCGGAUCCACACGGGGGAGAGGCCCUACCGAUGCCCCGAGUGCGGGGAGAGCUUUGGCCACAGCUCACACCUGGUGCGGCACCAGCGCAUCCACACGGGCCACAAGCCCUACAAGUGCACCGAGUGUGGGAAGAGCUUCAUCUCCAGCACCUGCCUCCUGCGGCACCGGCGCAUCCACACGGGAGAGAAACCCUUCACCUGCCUGCCGUGCGGGACGCGCUUCAGCCACGGCUCCUCCCUGCUGCGCCACCAGCGGGCCCACAAGGGCGAGCGCCCCUUCUUGUGCAGCCAGUGCGGGAAGGGCUUCAGCCAGAGCUCCUACCUCUCUGAGCACCUGCGCACCCACACCGGCGAGCGCCCCUACAAGUGCCCCCACUGCGGGAGGGCCUUCGCCCAGGGCUCCAUGUUGGCCCGGCACCAGGGGGCCCACACCAGCGAGCACCACUUCCCCUUCUUUGGCUGCGGGGGGAGUUGAUGCAGGGCAGGGAGGCUGCUGCAAACACUCACGCUCCUUCGGCUGGGGAGAACCUGCUGCUGCCUCCAGCUGGGCUCCUGCCCCAGGAGCCUCAGCCACCGCAUCAAGUUGAGAGUCUGCAAAAGUGGGUUAUGGAGACACGUCUCCCUGGGGUCCUUCCCCGUUAACCCAUGGGGGGACAUACCACUGCAUCAGGCUCAGGGUUUUGGCACUGGUGAGGUCUCUUCCAACCCUGAUAUUCCAGUGGUUGAUCAUGCAGCCACAUCCCACUGCAUUCAGCUGGGGCCCUGGCCUGGAGAACCCAGGGGGGAUACAUGUCACUGAUCUGGCUGGGGUCCUGUGCUAGUGGAAUCCAGAGGGGACAUGCCACUGGCUCAGGAUAAAGGUCUGCCAUCUCCCUGUGGCCCUGGCUGAGUGGCCCUAUAGCAGUGGUUUUCAAACUGUGGGUCGCGACCCAGUACUGGGUCACGGAAUGGAAGGCACUGGGUCGCAGCAGCUCUGGUCAGCGCCGAGGGUCCUGUUAAAAGUCCCAUUGAUGGUGCUGCCUGGCUAAGGCAGGCUAGUCCCUACCUGUUCUGACACCGCGCUGCGCCCUGGAAGCGGCCAGCAACAGGUCCGGCUUCUAGGUGGGAGGGACAUAUGGCUCCACGCACUGCCCCAGUCCCAAUCACUGGCUCCGCACUCCACUGUCGGGGGGGGCACGGUUCCUGCACGCGAGAGCCUCGCGGAGCCGCUUGCACACCUCUGCCUAGGAGCUGGACCUGCUGCUGGCCACUUCCAGGGCACAGUGCAGUCCGCGGUGCCAGGACAGGCAGGAAGCCUACCUCUGCACCCCUGCUACACUGCUGACCGGGAGCCG